UUGGCCGGUUGAGAGAAGCGAGCUGGCUCCUCCCCUCUUAUCGGGGAUAGAGGUUGGAGUCUAGAAGAGAGAGAGAGUCGAUAAAAAAAAAAAGCUGAGAGAGAGAGAGAGAGAGAGAGAGAGAGAGAGCAAUCAAACAGAACAAGUCCAACCGAGCGGAGCAAUCAGUCCAACAAGCGCCCCUCUUUUCUCUCUCUCUCUCUCUCUCUCUCUCUCUCUCUCUCUCUCUCUCCUUGGAUCUUAAAUCCACCUCCAAAGUCUUCUUCGUAGUAUUCUCUCACGGAUAUCCUCUGGAAUCUGGGUUUCUCGGAUGCUGGAUUCGGAACGAUGGAACCCAGCAGAGCAGCCGCAUCCACGGCGAGCUCGGGGAGGCCGAGGAACGCCCUCAGGCCUCUGUCUGACUUCCCGGCUGGCCUCCGGGUGCUGGUCGUCGACGACGAUCUUACCUGUCUAAAAAUCAUCGACAGAAUGCUUCGCAAAUGCCUCUACGACGUGACAGUUUGCUCGGGGGCGGCGGCGGCGCUGGCGAUGCUGCGGGAGAAGAAGGGAGAGUUCGAUCUGGUUCUGAGCGAUGUGUACAUGCCGGACAUGGAUGGUUUCAAGCUGCUCGAGCACAUAGGCUUGGAGAUGGACCUUCCCGUUAUCAUGAUGUCGGCUGAUGACGGGAAGGAUGCGGUCAUGAAGGGAGUUACUCACGGCGCCUGCGAUUACCUUAUAAAGCCGCUGAGUAUGGAGGCGCUGAAGAAUAUAUGGCAGCACGUGGUGAGGAAGAGGAGGAACGAGUUGAAGGAGUUGGAGCACUCGGGAAGUGCAGAGGAGAAUGACAGGAAGAAAAGAGCUCCGGAAGAAGGGGACAAUGCAUCCUCGGGGAACGAGGGGAGUUGGAAGAACGUGAAGAGGAGGAGGGACGAGGAGGGGGAAGUGGUGGUGCAGGAGGAGGUCGAGGAGCGCGAAGAUCCUUCGACAUUGAAGAAACCAAGGGUGGUUUGGUCUGUCGACCUCCACCGACAGUUUGUCGCUGCCGUGAACCAAUUGGGCGUCGACAAGGCUGUUCCCAAAAAAAUCCUUGAGUUGAUGCAUGUUCAUGGACUUACUAGAGAAAAUGUUGCGAGCCACCUGCAGAAGUACCGAUUAUAUAUGAGGAGAGUAAGUGUACCGCAACAUCAGGGCAGACUUGAUACACCAUAUACAGGGAGUUCAGAAGCAACAUUUCGUUCAGUUGAUUCAUUUGAUGGGUUUGAUCUUCAUUCUCUUGCUGUUUCGAGUCAGCUUUCACCACAAAGUCUUACUACUCUACAUUCAGCGCCUAGAAGAGUUACAAAUACUAGCAUAGGCAUGUCUUCCGUUGAUCAAAUGGGUUUCUUCAAUUCUAGUGCACAAAUAUCUAAUGCUUCAAACAUAAGGCCUCCGUUGAUGCAACAAAUUAACAAGCAGCAAAUGAACUUCCCUUCUGGACCCUCCACCAGCAUGGAGUCAAGGCAGCUUGGUCAGUCACAACAACUGAUCCAAUCAUAUGGAAAUAUGGGACUGCAAGCCAGUGAAGGAGCAUCAGUUCUUUUGAACCUACCAUCUUUACUAAGAACAAGCACCUCAUUCCCUGGAGGCUCCAUUAAUGCAAACCUGAGUAAUUCUUCAGUUAUGCAAAUGACUCAUCGAGGACAGCAAUUUUCUCUAUCUCAGCAACGGAAUCAAAUACAUGCUAGUAUGCCACAACUGCCACAAACAAGGGGACUGAUACUAAAUGGAAUUGCAGGUGAACAUGAUUCAAGGCUCCCGACAACCAUCGGACAAAUUCUUUCAAAUGAGGUUUCAAGUCAUAUCUCAGGAAGAAGUGGGAGUAAUAUGAAUGUGGACACUUCAUUGCCUGGAGGCUACAUGAAUGCUUCUUCAUAUGGUGCAGUUUCUCAUGCUUUGUAUGCCGAUUUUCCUAAUAGCUGCAUGAAUGAAUCAACAGGAAGUUGCUAUCCUCUUGCACGUAGUGUAGGAGCAACCAGUCUCACUUCAACUGCUAUGCCUCCAGUGGGAGAUGUCGAAGCAUUAGGUAAUUCCACUGGCCUAAGAGGGGCGAAGGACUUUGUUCCAAAUUAUGAUCUAUUUAGUGAACUUCAUCAAAGUAAAAGUCAAGACUGGAAGCUACAGAAUAUAAAUGUUUCUUACCCCUCAGACCAACACCUUGGCUCCAAGCAAAGCAAUAUUGCCUUUGGUUCUCCAUCAUUGGCUCAUCAAGAUUCAAGUGCUACUGUAAAAGAUGGGAGUAGCAGGAAUACGCGCACUGUUAGGAAGGAGAUAUUUUCAGUAAGAACAGAAAUUGGACAUGAGAAAGGAGAGCGCAUUGCUCAGCGCAAUAGAACCAUUCUUGUUGAAAAUUCUGUCAGACUAAAGUCUGAAGGCAUGUCAGAUCCUAGGUAUCAAGAUGUGCUUUUUGAUGACAAUAUUAUACAAAAUGAGCUAAUGAAUGUUGUUGGAAAGAAGCAGCAAGAAGGGGUUGUGCAGGUUGAUCCUGAGCUUAAUUUUGAUGGCUAUUCCUUGGAUAACAUUCCAUCGUAGCUCACUGGCUUCCUCCAAAUGAUGCCGCCACCUAUGCGCUUCCACAAUAAAUUCCAUAAACUGCUGUCGCUGUCAGGAUAUAGAAAAAAUCCAGAACUUUUGUCUCAUGGCCGUCCUCUUUCCCUCAUUCUGUCACUUCGGCGACUGUUUGGAAACCAUGUCCAGAAAAGAGAGUCCAGAUAAAAGUUCUGGAGAGUGGCAUCAAUCACAAAGACAGGAUUGUGCAAAGAUGACGGCCAGUAUGCAAAGGCAUACCUGAAAAGUUUUGAACUUUUGCUUGCUCUAACAAGAUAGACCCGGUUUAAUGGAGGUUGUGAAUUGUGUGGUUGUGGUGUGAUCGAGUUUGGUAGUUGGGCAAUAGGAGCCUUUAAAUACUCUCUUCAAUAUUUGAGGGGAGUAUCUCCUAGCUUCAAUAACUAAUCUUGUUUCUUUUAGAAUUACAAUUUUCAUGUACAGCUUUCUACUGAUUUGUGAAGAUGUGGUGCUUUUAUUUAUUUUUUUAUUUGUAAGGUUGCAUCA